AUGGCUCCACAGCCUAUCUUGUUGAGCGCGAGAACCGUGGCCAAAUAUGGCAUUCAUAUUCGCGCAAAUGAGGCUGCAUUUCGCGAGAAUAGUGCUACUAUUGUAAUGCCAUCGAAGGAGGCGGCUUUUUUGAACCCCGUGCAGGAAUUUAAUCGUGAUCUCAGCACCAUCGCCAUCAUUACAUGGAGUCAAAUGCUAGAUGGUGAAAAGCGCCAAAGAUUCGAGGCGCGAAACAGGGCUCGAUCAAAGCGUGCCAAGGCAGUUUCGGGUGAGCCAGACGCCAAGCGUAUCAAAACCGAUGAAGAGCCACACGAGCAUACAUACCAGUCGUACAAAUUCAAGGCACUUGAGGCACUGAGUGCCACAGGCUUGCGAAGUAUUCGAUACGCGAAAGAAAUCCCGCUGCUGGGUUUUGUGCAAGCGAACGACCUCUCAGCCACUGCUGUCCAGGCGCUAAGACGUAAUUUGGCUCUCAACUUUCCUCCAGACCGCCCGGUGAACGAAUGGAUAAAAAUGGACGUUGAGCAAGCAGAUGAAGAAGAACAUGAAGUGGAAGCAGAGGCCGAUCCGACUCCGUCAGGCAUACAUCCCGACUGCAAAGUGCAUGUGAAUCAAGGCGAUGCUAUAUCACUCAUGUAUGAGCACCGCGACUUGCCCAAACGGUAUGACCUCAUUGACUUGGAUCCCUACGGUACAGCUUCGCCGUUUCUCGAUGCGGCCGUGCAGUCUGUUACCGAUGGUGGUCUGCUGUGUGUGACCUGCACAGAUCUCGCCGUGCUGGCAGGCCACAAUUACCCGGAAAAAUGCUUCUCACUGUAUGGCGGUGUCAGCAUAAAAGCCGAGUACAGUCACGAAGCUGCGCUACGUUUAGUCUUGCAUUCAAUUUCCAUGGCCGCCGGCCGCUACGGACGCUACGUGCAGCCAAUGUUAUCACUUUCGAUCGACUUUUACUUGCGUGUUUUUGUACGCGUAUGGUCCCGACCUGAGACUGUGAAGCAAAAUGCAUCCAAGACGGGUCUGGUAUAUACGUGCUCGAAGUGCAGCAACUUUCAUAUCCAGCCGAUGGGUCGCUGUACGGAAUCUCAGAGCUCCAAAACGGGGCAUUCGACGCUGAAGUUUGGCUCCGCAUCAGGUCCACCCACAGAUACCCACUGUGCCGAGUGCGGCGGUACAUUUCAUGUAGGAGGCCCGAUGUGGUUUGGCCCCCUACACAACCGAGCCUUCUGUGAUGAGUUGCUCGCGACACUCGAUUCCAACAAGCAUCCUGUUCACACCGAAGCACGAAUUCGGGGCAUGGUUUCGACCGCACGCGACGAGCUGCCAGAUGCCCCGUUCUACUUCCACCCGGCCAAAAUCGCUGGCCUAUUUCACUGUGCGAGCCCUGCUAUGGCACCGAUGGUGCAUGCGCUGCUGCAUGCCGGCUACCGAGUCUCGCGCUCGCACUGUAUACCAGGUUCUAUCAAGACGAAUGCGACGCGUGGUGAGAUCUACGAUCUGUAUCGCACGUGGAUUCGGACAAACCCAGUGAACCCAGAACGAUUAAAGGAAGGCUCACCAGCCAAGGGUCUGCUUUCGCAUGUGCGUGAGGAUGGCACGCCAGCCGUACAGCACCGCGAGUUCGAAUGGGACGUCGAGCAUCCUGAUACGCACAGCGUGAUUCAUGGUUCACCUACCGACAACAAGGCGGUUCGCUACCAAAUGAAUCCCCAGGCCAACUGGGGACCGGGUACUGCAGCCAAAGGUCAUCGAAAACGCGUGCAUCGCAGCCUCGCCCCCGAAGAACUAGACCGCCGAACUGAUGCGUGGCGCAAGGACCGCACGCAAGAGGUAGGGGAGGACACAUCAUAA